ACAUAAAAUAAUUUGCGAACGCAUUUGAAAUAGCGAAUGUCAAUUUGUCAAACAAUUUGCGAUUGUAGCGGCUUAUUGACAUCAUGAAAAUGUUUUAUUUUAGUGAAUAUUGAAAGAAACAUUGAAUUUAUGUUGUACAGUGAUUAUUGUAUCUGGUUAAAAUGCCGAAGGAACAGUAUCGAGAGACCUAUGUAGGGAGAAAGAUAUCUCAUGUGACAUUCAAUGUGGACAGCGCGUCAGCUAUCCAGCAGGCGGCGCACAUCCAGGUCAUCACAAAGAACCUAUACGCUCAGGAUGGACAGCGGGUGCCGGCCGCCUACGGAGUGCUGGACCGGAGAAUGGGUACAAACCAAAAGGAUGCCAACUGUGAGACAUGUGGGCUGGGUUUGGCCGAGUGUGUUGGGCACUACGGGUACAUAGAGCUGGCUCUCCCCGUCUUCCAUGUUGGCUACUUCAGAUCCAUCAUCACUAUACUGCAGACAAUUUGUAAAGUUUGUGCAAAAGUUAUGUUAGCAGAACCAUUAAAGAAAUCAUUUCGGCGAAAAUUCAUGAAUCCGGAGCUCUCCUACUUGCACAAGAAGAAUCUCCGAGCUGCUGUCCUGAAAAAAGCCAAGACCUGUAGCAAGUGUCCAUACUGCGAGUCCUUAAAUGGCAUGGUGAAGAAGAGUUCAGCCGGGAUAUUGAAGAUAGUUCACGAGAAGUACAGGGCUAAGAAACCUACGGACCCGUUAGUGAAGCGGGUGCUCAAGGACUUCCAUGAAGCAAAGGAAUCUAACAAGGAGUUGGCAUCCAUGAUCAACAGUGGGCUUAUUAUUGAGAUGAGUCCGUUGGAGGUACUGAACUUGUUCCGUCGCAUCCCUGACGAGGACAUCGCCCUGCUGGGCAUGAAUCCGAAGCUGUCGCGGCCUGAGGACCUGAUCCUCACGCGGCUGCCGGUACCGCCCCUCUGCAUCAGACCCAGUGUGGUCUCCGAGAUAAAGGCUGGCACCAACGAAGACGAUCUAACGAUGAAGCAGUCAGAGAUCCUGCUCAUCAACGACGUGAUCUCCCGCCACAUCGCGAGCGGCGGCAAGAGCGAGCUGGUGCAGGAGGACUGGGACUACCUGCAGCUGCACGCCGCGCUAUACAUCAACAGCGAGAUGUCCGGGAUACCGCUGUCCAUGCAGCCUAAGAAGCCUGGUCGCGGGCUGGUGCAGCGGCUGAAGGGCAAGCAGGGUCGCUUCCGCGGGAACCUCUCUGGCAAGCGCGUGGACUUCUCAAGCCGGACUGUCAUCUCGCCGGACCCCAACCUGCAGAUCCAAGAGGUGGGAGUACCAGUCCAUGUCGCCAAGAUCCUCACAUACCCGGAGCGGGUGUUCCCGGCCAACCUGCAGUGGCUGCGCAAGCUGGUCUGCAACGGGCCAGACCUGCACCCUGGCGCCAACUACGUGCAGCAGCGCGGCCUGAAACACAAGAAGUACCUGAAGUACGGAAACAGGGAGAAGAUAGCGCAGGAACUUAAGUGCGGCGACGUGGUGGAGCGCCACCUGGUGGACGGCGACGUGGUGCUGUUCAACCGCCAGCCCUCGCUGCACAAGCUGUCCAUCAUGUGCCACCGCGCCAAGGUGCAGCCGCAGAGGACCUUCAGGUUCAACGAGUGCGUAUGUACACCAUACAACGCUGAUUUCGACGGUGAUGAGAUGAACAUGCAUCUGCCGCAGACGGAGGAGGCGCGGGCCGAGGCGCUCAUACUUAUGGGGAACAAGUCGAACCUGGUGACGCCGCGCAACGGCGAGCUGCUGAUCGCGGCCACGCAGGACUUCAUCACGGGCGGCUACCUGCUGACGCAGCGCGACACGUUCCUGUCGCGCGGCGAGGCGGCGCAGCUGGCGGCGUGCCUGCUGGCCGGGCCCGACGCCGCGCUGCCGCUGCGCCUGCCGCCGCCCGCCAUACUCAAGCCCAGACUGCUCUGGACCGGGAAGCAGAUCUUCAGUUUGAUAAUGAAACCCAACGAAAAAUGUGAAGUGAAAGCCAAUUUGGAGGUUAAAGGCAAGAACUACACCGGGAACAAGGAUAUGUGUGUACAGGACUCGUAUGUGAUAAUAAGGAACUCGGAGCUGCUGUGCGGGUCCAUGGACAAGAGCACGCUGGGCUCGGGCACCAAGAGCAGCAUCUUCUACAUCCUGCUGCGGGACUGGGGCGAGGAGUACGCCGUCAGGGGCAUGUGGAGGUUAGCGCGGAUGGCCUCCAGCUACAUGAUGAACAGAGGAUUCAGUUUCGGCAUCAUCGACGUCACGCCCGGCAAGAAACUCAUUGAGGCCAAGAACAAGCUACUGGAGUCUGGUUACUCGAAGUGCGACGGCUACAUCCUGGAGAUGGAGAAGGGCACGCUGCAGUGCCAGCCCGGCUGCACCAUGGAGGAGUCGCUGGAGGCCGUCAUGCUCAGCGAGCUCAGCAGCAUCAGAGAGUUGGCGGCUAAGGCGUGUUUCCGUGAGCUCCAUCCCACUAACGCGCCGCUUAUUAUGGCACAGAGUGGUUCUAAAGGGUCCAACAUCAACAUAUCUCAGAUGAUCGCGUGUGUGGGCCAGCAGGCGCUGAACGGCAAGCGCGUGCCCAACGGCUUCGAAGACCGAUCUCUACCACACUUUGAGAGGCACUCCAAGAUCCCAGCAGCCCGUGGCUUCGUGGAGAACAGCUUCUACUCCGGUCUGACGCCCACCGAGUUCUUCUUCCACACGAUGGGCGGGCGGGAAGGUCUCGUCGACACCGCCGUCAAGACUGCCGAGACUGGCUACCUGCAGCGGAGACUUGUCAAGUCUCUGGAAGACUUAGUCCUGCACUACGACAUGACAGUCCGCAACGCGAUGGGCGAGGUGGUGGAGUUCCGCUACGGGAGCGACGGGCUCGACCCCUCCUACAUGGAGGGCCGCGACCGGCCCGUGGACCUGCCCAGGGUGCUGGCAGACGUGCGGGCCAACUACCUGUCCAGGGAAGAAGACCCAUUAGACGGUGACGGUAUAAUCCUGGCUGCGGAGGAGACGCUGGCACUGGACGACUUCAAGACGUGCACGCAGGAGUUCAAGAACGAGCUGCUAACCUUCCUGAAGGAGAUAGCGGAGAAGGUCCGCCGCCUGCGCGCGCGCUACGCCCGCUGCGGCAGCAUCGUGAAGCAGCUGCAGCGGCUGACGCUGACGCAGCUGGUGCAGUUCCUGCGCGUGUGCCACCACAAGUACCAGCGCAGCGUCAUCGAGCCCGGGACCGCCGUCGGCGCACUCGCCGCGCAGAGUAUCGGAGAGCCCGGUACACAGAUGACCCUCAAAACCUUCCACUUCGCCGGCGUCGCCUCCAUGAACAUCACGCAGGGGGUGCCGCGAGUGAAGGAGAUCAUCAACGCGUCGCGGAACAUCUCCACGCCCAUCAUCACCGCCGAGCUGCUGCAGCCGCACGACCAGGAGUUCGCCAGGAGGGUCAAGGGCAGGGUCGAGAAGACCACGCUGGGAGAGAUCACGACGUACAUAGACGAGGUGUACUUACCGUCGGAGUGCUUCCUGCUGAUCCGGCUCGACGCCGAGAGGAUCCGACUGCUCUCGCUGGAGGUCAAUGUUGACUCCAUCGUCUACUCGAUCUGCACGUCGAAGCUGAAGGUGAAGCCUGCGAGCGUGCAGGUGGUGUCGGACUGGGCCAUCAAGGUGUCGGGCGAGGGCCGCGCGGGCUGGCUCAGCCACGCGCUGGCGCAGCUGGCGCGCGCGCUGCCCGCCGUCGUCGUCAAGGGGCUGCCGCAGGUCGCGCGGGCCGUCAUCGCUGCUGAUGAUAAUGAUGCGAUACCCAGAUACAAGCUCUGUGUGGAAGGCGACGGUUUGCGAGACGUCAUAGCUACUUACGGAGUAGACGGCACCAAGACCACGUCUAAUAAUAUUUUAGAGGUUUACUCGACGCUGGGCAUCGAGGCGGCCAAGUCGACGAUCAUCAGCGAGAUCCAGGCGGUGAUGGCGGGCCACGGCAUGAGCGUGGACCGGCGCCACGUGGAGCUGCUGGCGGGGCAGAUGACGGCGCGCGGCGAGGUGCUGGGCAUCACGCGCUACGGGCUCGCGCGCAUGAAGGAGUCCGUGCUCAACCUGGCCAGCUUCGAGAAGACAGCGGACCACCUAUUCGACGCGGCGUACUACGGACAGACGGACAGCAUCGAGGGCGUGUCGGAGUCCAUCAUCCUGGGCGUGCCGGCGGGCAUCGGGACGGGAGUGCUGCAGCUGCUGCAGGCCGCGCCGCGGGACACGCCGCUGCAGACAAGGGAACUGCUCUUCGACGUGCCCGAGUACCAUACCUCUAUAUGGGAGUAGGGUGCUUGGAUCCCUUGGAGCAAGUCUCGGCGCGCGUGUGUGUGACUGCAUAUAAUUGUAUAGGUUCUAUUUUCACAGACUAAAAAAGUGCGUCACGCUUAGACUGUCGUCUACGCUGCACCUUAAGAUAGGUGAUAUUUCUACAAUGGAUUAUAAUUAUCAUUUAAGAGAGAGGUUGAAUAUUAGAUACCUUAAUUAUUACUGCUAACAGACUUGUUCCCAUGUUAAUCUACUUAAGGACUGGCAGCGAUAAUUUAUUUUAGCAUCACUAAAUUAAAAAAAUAUUAUUAUUAAAAUGUCUCCCCCUGUCUCCCCUUCAAGCAAACUACUCGCUGGCUUAAAGACAGAUAAAAUGAUACAUAUUCCUCAAUUUUCUAUAGCCAUCACUUUUUGAUAAGUCUCGUAACUUAUUCCUGUCAGUAAUUCCAAUUUUCUAUUUAUUUAUUUUAGCAUCAUGGAGGACUGAUAACUUAAAAAAUCAGAUAAAGAACAGUAAUUUAGACUUCCAGAUUAUAUUUCUACAUAAUUGUGUAGAAAUGUCACCUGUCAUAAAACAAUAGAGUAUUUGUACAGUUAUUUAUAAGUUAGAUUAUAAUGGAGAUUGUUAACCCGGAACUAAACGUGUGAUAGACGACUGUUGGCCUAAUCUGUUACGAUAUUCUUAAGCUUUAAAUAAAAACGUUUUUAUGAAAUA